AUGAUACCCCAGACGCCCACGACGCCGCUCCCGUUCUCGGCUAUCGACGCCGAGGACAUUGCGGCUUUGGACGAUUCCACAGCGCCCACUACACCGGACGGGAGCUCCUCGUUUAGCCCCAAUCUCCGUCCCCAAGAUGACGCGGGCUAUCUCAACGUCAGUUCCCUUUCGACGGCCAUCGCAGCGACCGCCCCUACCGUCCGCAAUAUUUGCUGCAUCGGUGCCGGCUUUGUCGGCGGGCCGACCGCGGCAGUCAUCGCUCUGCACAACCCCCAUAUUCGCGUGACCGUCGUGGACAAGGAUGAGAAUCGGAUCCGAAGGUGGAAUUCGAAGCACCCCCCUAUCUACGAGCCCGGCCUACAUGACAUCCUGCGCAUCGUGCGAGACGGGUCGGGACCUUCUGCCACGAACGACGAGCUUACCAAGCCCGGUGGGUUGGAUGGUGUCUUUCCCCGCGAAGCGGUUUCCUCUGGCAACUACGGUGAAGGCCGGCACGCGAGGGUACAGACAAAAAGCGACGUCGCCAGGCAGCCAAACCUGGUAUUCACGACCGAUUUGGCCAAAUGCGUCAGCGAAGCCGAUGUGAUUCUCAUCGCGGUCAACACCCCGACCAAGACACGCGGGAAUGGAGCCGGGUCCGCGACUGACAUGGCCGCGUUCGAGGCGGUGACAGCUCUGGUCGCCCGGCACGCGAGCCCCGGCGCCAUUAUCGUCGAGAAGUCGACAGUCCCAUGUCGAACGGCGCAGCUCGUGCAGAGCAUGCUGGCGCUUUACCGACCGGGUGUCCAAUUUCAAGUUCUCAGCAAUCCAGAAUUCCUCGCCGCCGGCACCGCCAUCAACGAUCUCCUACACGCCGAUCGCAUCCUGAUCGGAUCCAGCAACACCGCCGCUGGCCACAAAGCCGCGGCCGCCCUGGCGUCAGUGUACGCCAGCUGGAUUCCUCCUGCGCGCAUCAUCACCACCAAUCUGUUCAGUUCCGAAUUAGCUAAACUAGUGGCAAACUCAAUGCUCGCACAGCGCAUCAGCAGCAUCAACUCUAUCGCGGCCGUAUGUGACGCUACCGGGGCAGAUGUCGACGAGGUCGCUCGUGCCGUUGGAGCGGAUCCUCGCAUCGGCGGCAAGUUCCUCAAGGCCGGCAUUGGUUUCGGUGGAAGCUGUUUGAAGAAGGAUGUCCUGAGCUUAGUCUACCUGGCUGAAACCUUGGUCCUCCCCGAAGUUGCCCGAUACUGGCUGGCCGUGGUCGAAAUGAACGAGUUUGCAAGAAGCCGGCUCGUCUCACGAGUGCUCAGGUGCCUGAACAACACGUUGGCGGGCAAAAAGGUGACGGUUCUUGGCUUCGCCUUCAAGAAAGACACGAACGAUACGCGCGAGUCACCCGCGCUGGAUAUCAUUCGGGCGCUGGAGAAGGAAGGCCCGGACACAAUCGCGGUUUACGACCCGGUGUGCACGCCAACCCAGAUGGCCGAGCAGAUCGGCCGCUUCGCUGGAUCGCACGUGCUGCGAGCCAAUGGCGGCCCGGUGGUUGUCCACUCAGAUGUGUAUUCGGCGUGUCAGGGAUCCGAUGCCGUACUCAUCACGACCGAGUUUGACGAGUUCAAAAACGGGCCAGUGGAGGCGGACGGUGUUGCUGGUGGGCUCGAGGCGAACCCAAGUCAAAUCUCGACAUCGGAUGCCGACGACCACCUGAGCAGCCUUAACCCAGUCCCACCUUGCGAUGAGGACUGCCCCGAGUGUCAAGCAGAAGACUCGAGCGCUGUCACAGGGACCGAUGGCGGAGUCGGCAACGGUGCUGACGGCCGUGACAAGGCCCGGGUGGACUGGACAAGGAUCUAUUACGAUAUGAAGCAACCGCAUUGGAUCCUGGACGGGAGAGGGAUUCUUGAUAUCGCACGGAUGGAGAAGAUCGGAUUUCGUGUUGAGAGCAUUGGUCGGCCAAGUGGCCAAUUAGCCAAGUCAUCACCACCAGGCAACUCUUGGUGUUAG